AUGAAUAUUGGCGCUUGGAACUGUAGGGUCCUCGGAACGGCGGACUCCCCUAAAGUUCCAUACCUAGCUUCACUUGUCCGCUCUUUCUCUUUAGAUAUUAUGUUUAUAACAGAGACUUUUGUUGGGCUUAAUGCUGCUGUACAUAAGCUUAGUUCUCUUAAGUUUGAUGGUUUUUGCGGUUUGGACUCAUGUGGUCUUAGCGGCGGGUUGGUAGUGUUUUGGUUUUCCCCGCUUAAGAAAUAUCAGAAUGUGAUUCUUAUAGGGGAUUUUAAUCAAGUUGAGUAUAGCUCGGACAAAGUGGGAGGUUCUAAAUUUAUUGCUGGUCAAAAUGAGUUCAAGGAUUGGAAGCUUGAUAUUGGUCUUUUAGACAUUCCUUUCUCAGGCCCGGAGUUCACUUGGACUAAUGGCCAUAAUAAUGGUGAUCCUACAUUUGAACGCCUUGAUAAAGCAUAUGCUACUCACAAUUGGCUUCUUGAUCAUCCAGACGCCUUCCUUCUUCAUCAGCCCAUUCUCUUCUCGGAUCAUGUGGCUGUUAUUCUUCAGGAAAAUGCUAUAGCAGUACACCGCAAACCAUACAGGAUUGAUAAUUGGUGUCUGCUAUCAAAAGAAGUAGCCACUAUUAUAUCACUCUCAUGGGCUUUGGAAUGUAAAGGUUCGCCUAUGUUUUCCAUCUCCCGAAAACUUGAGGUUUUACGUUCUAAAUUACUUAGGUGGUGCAUCUCUCAUAAGAAACUGUGGGGUAUUAAUUGGAAGGAGUUGCAUUCCUCUAUCUCUCCACUAGCUGAGCAGUUGGAUUCUAAGCUUUAUAGGAUUCUAUUUUUAUCCGUCCGGGACGAACAGGUGGUUCAGGCUCAAACGGCCCAUAUUUACUGGAAACAACGAGCAAAGGGUAUCCAAAGAGUGAUUUUGGAUUAUUUCUCUAACCUGUUCAAGUGUAAGAAUACUCGUCCUUCACCUCCUGAUUUUGACUGGUCGGAUCUCGACCUCCCAUCUCUUUCGGAUUCUGAUAAAUGCGAGCUUAUGUCCCCUAUUUCCGCUGAUGAGGUCAAGCAGGCAAUGUUUAGCGUAGAUGAUUCCAAAUCUCCUGGUCCGGACGUCAAAUGUAUUUCUUUUCGUCUGCGAAAAGUUAUCCCCUCCUUAGUCUCAGAAUGCCAUAACGCUUUUGUUCCCGGAAGGCUCAUGGCAGAUAAUGGUCUUCUUUCUCAUGAAGUUCUUUCUUAUAUGAACUCGUCGCGAGGACGGACUAUGUCGGCGGCUUUAAAGUUAGAUAUGAAUAAAGCAUAUGACAGAAUUGACUGGGAAUUCCUUUGGAAAGUUUUACACGUGUUUGGUUUCCCUCCUUACUGGAUUCACAUUAUCAAGCAAUGUGCUUCCACAGUUUCGUAUCAGAUCCUCGUCAACGACAAUCCUACAAAGCCGUCCCCUGUGUCUUGUGCUAAUGUGCUUCAGGUGGUUAAUCAAUUUUGUGAUCUUUCUAGUGAGAUGGUCUCCCUGUUGAUCUGGGUAGGAGACAAAUGCCAGGCCUUUCAGCCUCUACUUGACAGGAUUUCUUCCCGUCUCACGGCAUUUGCUCCCCUUCAUAUUUCACCCUCGGGAAAGCUAGUAAUCAUCAACUCUGUUUUGGUGGCGUUCCUUAAUCAUGUUCUUUCGGUUUUUAAAAUUCCUGCCUCCAUUACGGAUAAGAUUAAUAAUCUUUUGGUUCGAUUCUGGUGGAGGACAUCUGUGCACUCUAAGGGUUUGGCCUUUGCUCCGCCUUCCCUUUUGUUCACUCCUAAAGGUAUGGGCGGUUUGGGUAUUCGUCAUUUAGGGGUUUUUAAUUCUUCUCUGCUCGCAAGGCAAUCUUGGCGUAUUUUGCAGAACCCUCAGUUUCUUCUUUCUCGGGUUCUCAAGGCGAAGUAUCCUUCCCUUUUUAGUAUUCGAUCUUCGGAACGUCUUCCCCGUUCAUCCUGGGGUUGUAAAAGUAUUUUGGAAGGUUUUAACAUCUUACGGUCUGGUCUCGGUUGGAAGGUGGGUAAUGGUUCUCAGAUUCGAAUUCUUCAGGAUUCUUGGGUGCCUGGUGUUCCGGUUCACUUCAAGAGUUCUUCUACUGGUUCGGUCUCGUAUCCGACCAAUUUUAUCUUGCCCUUGACCUGGGCUAGGCUUUGGGCCCUUCCUAUCCUUCCUAAAUGGAAAAUUUUCCUUUGGAAGAUUGUUCACGACGCCCUUCCAGUGGCAGCAAAACUGCGGGAUAAAGGCCUCCCUGUGGAUCCAUUAUGCUCCUUUUGUCAUCAGGUUCCGGAGUCCUUGGAUCAUUUAUUACUCCAUUGCCCCUAUUCCAUUCGUCUCUGGGCUUGUGGUCCUUUGGGUAUUCGGCCUCCAUCCCCGGAUACUCCGUUGCUGCACUGGUUCUUCCCACUGCUUGUAUUGGAGGAGUAUUCCCCUAUCUCUGUCUUCCGCAUUGCUCAGAACUGGUGUUCUAGAAGCUCUGAUGCUCGACUUCACUUUACUCAGCCCUCUCCUUUACCCCCAGGUUUUGGGUUUCAGAUUCAGUCAGUUUAUCUUCGUCGGGAGGGUAAUGCUUCACCGACCGUUGUUCUUCUUAUUGAUGGGGCUUGGGAUUCCAGAGAUUGCAGAGCAGGUGCUGGUUGGUGUUUUUAUUCUAUGGACACAAAUUCGGAUCUUGGUGGCGGUGCUCAGGCAUGUUUUGCUAUUUCGGCGUCUCAUGCGGAACUUCUGGCUUGUUUUUUUGCCCUUAGGAUGGCAAGUCAGCGUGGCUUUUCUAAAAUUCGCAUCCACACAGAUUGUACGAAUUCUCUUUAUGCCCUAAAGAAUGAUUCUCCUUUAGACAUCUCUACAAUUUGGGUUCGGCAGCAGAUCAUCGAUCUCCUUCCCGCUUUUCAAGUUUGUAUUCUCCAGAAGGUUCCUAGGCAUUUGGUUCUCCCAGCUCAUCAACUGGCGGGUUCUGCUAGGAUGCGGCAUUUACUUCAUUAUGUGUACUAG